AGAUUUAUACACCUGAGAUAACAACCUAGCAUUUUUUUUUAGUGUGUGUAAGACUAGACAUUAUGGCAUGUAAUAUUAAUGUUGAAUCUAUUCUUGGACAAGGAAUUUUUGCUACUACAUCAAGCAAGAAGUUGCAAGCCUUCCCAUCUCAUAACUACAAACCCAAUGUUAUUUCUUGUGUAGCUAUUGGCCCAACUCAUAAAGUUCCCCAAUUACCAUGGAAGUUAGUUUUCCAUGAAAAAGAGAGACCAUUAUUAAGCAAUGAAAAAUUUGGGAUUUAUGGUGGAAAAUUUGUCCCUGAGACAUUAAUAUCUCCUUUAACAAAGCUUGAUUAUGAAUUCAACUCCGCUUUGCGCGAUCCUCAAUUUCAGAUGGAUCUUCAAGUAGCAUUAAAGGACUAUGUUGGUCGUGAAACUCCUUUAUACUUUGCCCAAAGACUCACAGAUUAUUACAAGAGCCUUAAUAAAGGGAUAGGACCAGACAUAUAUCUAAAAAGGGAAGAUCUAAACCAUGGUGGUGCACACAAAAUCAACAACGCUAUUGCACAAGCUAUGUUGGCUAAACGCAUGGGUUGCAAAAACGUCGUGGCGUCCACCGGUGCUGGACAGCACGGUGUCGCCACGGCGGCUGCUUGUGCAAAACUCUCAUUGGAGUGCACAAUAUUCAUGGGAACCUUAGAUAUGGAGAGACAACCUUCCAAUGUACUCUUGAUGAACCAUCUUGGUGCAAAGGUGAAAUCUGUCAAAGGAAGUUUCAAAGAUGCAAUGUCAGAGGGUAUUAGAAAUUGGGUUAAUGAUUUGGAAAGAAGCUAUUUCUUAGCAGGUGCAGCCAUAGGACCUCACCCAUGUCCAACCAUGGUUCGUGAAUUCCAAUCAAUAAUUGGAAAAGAGACUAGGAAACAAGCCAUGGACAAAUGGGGUGGCAAACCACAUGUGUUGGUGGCUUGUGUUGGGAGUGGCUCUAAUGCAUUGGGAUUGUUUCAUGAAUUUAUACAAGAUGAAGAUGUGAGACUAAUAGGAGUUGAGGCCGGUGGGACCGGUCUUGAUUCAGGUAAACACUCAGCAACUAUGGCUAGGGGUGAAGUUGGAGUGUACCAUGGUGCGAUGAGCUAUUUAUUACAAGACGAAGAAGGCCAAAUAAUUGGACCACAUUCCAUAGGUGUGGGAUUAGAAUAUCCAGGUGUUAGUCCAGAGCUUAGCUAUUUGAAAGAUAUUGGGCGUGCUGAGUUUUCUACCGUAACAGAUGAAGAAGCUAUAAAAGCAUAUAAACGAUUGUGCAGACUAGAAGGGAUAUUUCCAGCCUUAGAAUCUUCUCAUGCUCUUGCAUUUCUAGACAAACUUUGUUCUACUUUAAAGGAUGGUGAAAAAGUGAUUGUUAAUUUAAGCGGUCGCGGAGAUAAGGAUGCUGAGGCGGUCUUCAAUCAUACAGUACCAAAACAUGAAUGAAAAAAGAAAUUUUAGAUUUUUUUAGGUUAGAAUUUAUAAGUAAAAUAACUUAUUUCCUUUUAUGUUAAUACUCGUUAGUUCUCUAUGUAUAAAUAAUAAGUUAUGUGAUGUAGGCCUCUAAGUUGAUUGAAUGCAAAUUAAAAUUAUAAUGUAAUGAAUAGUACAAUAAUAAGUUUAACACUCACUUUUGAUUCUAUCAUCAUAUGAUAAAUUUAAUGACAUAAUUUCAAGGGUUAGGAAUGAAAGAUGGAACUAGUCAUACACAUGGAAUUUCAAGAGUCAUAAUCUAAUAUAUCCUUCCAUUAUAGGCCAAA